AUUUUAGAAACAGAUAUUGAAGUCGAUAUAGAGGGAUCUGAUUCUGUUUUGGACAAUGAGAAUGAACGGCAUGUGCUCGUACCACUUGUAUUAGGAAAGGCUGAGUCGGGGAUCGUGGAAGAAGGAAAAUUCAAGUACUAUAAGUUUUCCAUUGAAGAGACUCUCAGUGAGAAAGUUUCUACUGGGCUAAUGAACAUAGUAGUCAAGUUUCCACUGAUAUUUCCGACACAACAUCGACAUGAAUGGUCAUCUCAUGAGAUGGGCUCGAAGAUUUUGAUACUUAACAGAAGGAUCAAAGCCUUGUAGCAGGUACCUACAGCAUUGGAGUUUUUGGCUUCAAGGGAGUUACGAAAUUCAACAUUUCUGUAGAAGUUAAGGAUAUUAACAAUAACAGGCAAGAGGUUGGAGAACAUUUGAAUGCCUCCUCUCAAGUUGAUUCCGAUUCAGUACAGUGCUGGAAUUGUCGGCGUUAUAUUCAGCAGGACCAUUGUAAUCCAUGAAGCAUACUGCAUCAGGCAUAAUUUGGUGUGCCAGCAUGAGGGGUGCGGAGUUGUUCUCAGGAAGCACAUGAAAGUUUUUCAUGAGCCACUCCAUUGCCCAUGUGGAGUAGUCCUCGAGAAGGAAGAAAUGGUCCAACACCAGUCCUCGAUCUGCCCGUUGCGGCUCAUAGUGUGCCGUUUCUGCAGAGACAUGGUCCAAGCCGGUACUGAACCGCUCGAUGCCCGCGACCGCCUCAGAGGGCUGUCCGAGCGCGAGAGCAUAUGCGGGUCGCGAACAUAUCCUUGUUUGCUAUCUCAUGACAUGUUAUAUACUCCCAAAAUGUUAAUAGACAGAUUUUAAUAUUAGUAUUACCCAAUGAAAUCCGAGUACUUUUACAAUUGUACUUAGAAUGGAAACCAUCUGCUUAGUUUGGUAAUAGAAGGUGUUCCAUUUGAUACGUAUUAUUAUAAGAGAGCUGCUUUUGUAAAAAUGGAUUUGGCAUGGCCUAACCUACAGUAGUAAGAGCCAACAUUGAACCUCAUCUAUCUUCUGCGGUGAAAGGCAUUAACUUUUUACUUCUUUCUUUGUGAUGGUAGGUCCAACACUAGUCCUUGACCUGCCCGCUGCGGCUCAUAGUGUGCCGUUUCUGCGGAGACAUGGUCCAAGCCAGGACUGAACCGCUCGAUGCUUGCGACCGCCUCAGAGGGCUCUCCGAGCAUGACAGCAUAUGCGGGUCGAGAACGGCGCCGUGUGGUUCUUGCGGCCAAUCCGUCAUGCUCAAGGAGAUGGACAUCCAUGUGAUCGCUGUGCAUCAGAAGAGCUGAUCUGCCGAAGCAUUUCAUACUUGUCAAAAUCAUCGUAUAAAUAGACUUCUCGGAGAUGGAUCGAACAGUAUGAUGUAUAAAACUAUUGUGCCAACUCGCCAAAAGUUUCUCUCCUGGGUACUCCGAAAAUUGGUACGUAGUGUGUUUCUCUUUUGUUGGUUUGACAUGUUGUCCCUCUAUUUAAAUCUUCCUGGGUAAUUUGAAAGGUGGUUCAUAGUGUGUUUUAUCUUUUGUUUCGGCGUGUUGUUCCUCGUUUUGUUUAUGUUCCGCAUUACAUGUUGAAAAAAAUAAUAGAAGGAAAAAACAAAUUGUGCUCGACAAAACUUGGAUGGAAUUUGAUAUUUCAAUGAUGUUAUAUUUUCUAAAAUUGUACUGUUCUAUA